CAAUAUCCCGGAAAUGAUGAGAAGAUGAAGUGGUCUCAAGACAUCCCUCACACUACAGCUCCCGACAUUCCGUCUAGGCCCUCGCUGUUCUCAUCAUGUAUAUGUAUAAGGCGCUUCUGCAGUGAGCUGCUGGAUAGUGAUGUGUUUUAAGGAGGUGGCUCCGUGUUCCGUUGAGGUUGAGAGCGUUCAAAUGCACUUGGCGUUUUAACCAGCGUCUCAAUGCGGAGGCUGCACGAACCUCCUAAUGGCAACCAGUACGGGAGAAUGCGCUAACCAGACAACCAGAGCGCGUUUGUGGAUGUGCUUAGCUCAGAACAGACUUUAGCAUCAAGGUUACCAAAAAUCUUGUGGGUUUUUUUCGGAUUAUUUUAACAAGAAGGUCCGGUUAUGAUGGCUCCGCAAUAUGGGAUAUCCUUUCUUUGCAUCUUUGGAGCGAUGUACAUCGUACAUUCCAGCAAUCCUCUCCUAGGAGAGGCCUUGUCAAACGGGAAGACUGAUUGGGACGCAAGCAGGUUUUUCGGGAAGGAAAUUACCAUACCUCUCCGUUUAAUUUACCGCAUGGACAACGACAGUCAAACCACGCACGAUGUACUCAACACCAGGAUAAAAGCAAGUUCCGACUCAAAACAGAAUACACACGUGGCUCAAGCAAGCUUCCAAGUGGACGCUUUUGGUGCAACGUUCAUCUUGGACGUGGAGCUAAAUCACGAUCUCCUGUCUUCUAAAUACAUAGAGAGGCAUAUUUCAGAAGAGGGAAAGGCUGUCAUUUCCAAGGGCGGGGAGCACUGCUACUACCAGGGAAAAGUCCGAGGGGUACCCGAGUCUUUCGUCGCCCUCUCCACCUGCCACGGCCUGCAUGGGAUGUUCUUUGACGGAAAUCACACGUACAUGAUUGAGCCAGGAGGAAACAACAGUGUCAGCGAAGAUGUCUCUGUUCACAUGAUAUACAAAUCCGUGGGUCUGGACAAUGUGGCUGACUAUGUUUCCCCUGUUGGUGUCCCUGGGACAGAGAGUCCACCUACCAUUGCAGGAGUUCACAGGAGGAGGAAGAGACAGGUAUCCCGGACUCCACGCAGCGUUGAAGAUGAAACAAAGUACAUUGAGCUCAUGGUUAUCAAUGAUCACCUGAUGUAUAAGAAACACCGUCUCUCUGUCGGUCAGACGAAUAAUUAUGCCAAGUCUGUUGUGAACAUGGCUGACAUAGUUUUCAAAGAGCAGCUCAAAACCAGGAUCGUCCUGGUGGCUAUGGAAACCUGGGCAGCGGACGACAGAUUCAAUAUCAAUGAUGACCCCUUGGUGACCCUACGUGAGUUCAUGAAGUACAGACGAGACUUCAUCAAGGAGAAGUGUGACUCGGUGCACCUUUUCUCAGGGAGCCGUUUCCAUAGCAGUCGGGGAGGAGCCUCUUAUCUGGGAGGAGUCUGUUCACUUACAAAAGGCGGAGGAGUCAAUGAGUAUGGGAAGACUGACGAAAUGGCGAUAACGCUUGCACAGUCUCUGGGGCAAAACAUCGGCAUUUUCUCAGACAAGAAAAGGAUCCUCAAUGGGGAAUGCAAGUGUGACGACAGAUGGUCUGGGUGCAUAAUGGAUGACGUUGGCUUCUACCUCCCCAAGAAGUUUUCAGACUGCAACGUGGAAGAGUACCACAAUUUCCUUAACAGUGGUGGCGGUGCAUGCCUCUUCAACAAGCCCUCGAAGCUGCUGGAUCCUCCAGAAUGUGGCAAUGGGUUCGUGGAGCCGGGAGAGGAAUGUGACUGUGGCAGCCCUGCGGAGUGCCAGAGAGAAGGGGAGAACUGCUGUAAGAAGUGCUUGCUCACCCAGGGCUCCAAAUGCAGCAACGGACUCUGCUGUAAAAACUGCCAGAUGGAGUUCAUGGGUGUAGUCUGCCGGGAAGCAGUGAAUGACUGCGAUAUCCCUGAAAACUGCACUGGAAACUCCAGCCAGUGCCCACCAAAUGUCCAUAAGAUGGAUGGCUACACUUGUGAGAAAGAUCAGGGACGUUGCUUCAAUGGAAAGUGCAAAACAAAAGACAGACAGUGUAAAUACAUAUGGGGAGAAAAAGCGACUGCAGCAGACAAGUUCUGCUAUGAGAAACUGAACAUUGAGGGGACUGAGAAAGGGAAUUGUGGGAAAGACAAAGACACAUGGAUUCAGUGCAACAAGCAGGACGUACACUGUGGCUAUCUGCUGUGCUCCAACAUCUCCCCGGCCCCCAGGCUGGGGGAGCUGCAAGGGGGACUCACCUCUUUCUCCGUGGCCCAGCACAGCGCCUCUCUGGACUGCAGCGGGGGUCACGUGAUCAUCGAUGGAGACACAGACCUGGGCUACGUGGAGGAUGGCACGGCGUGCGGCACCGAUCGCAUCUGCUUCAACCACCGGUGCCUCCCGGUGCAGGAGUUCAACUUCAGCACCUGCCCCGGCACCACCGACAAGAAGAUCUGCUCGGGGCACGGGGUGUGCAGUAAUGAGCUGAAGUGCGUUUGCCACCUGGGGUGGGCUGGGGAGGACUGCAACGCCACCUCACCCCUCAGCUACCUGGUUGUCGGGCCAACAGCCAGCACCUCCGGUGUCAUCAGCACCAACAUCAUCAUCGGUGCCAUUGCGGGCACUAUUCUGGUGCUUGCACUGAUACUAGCGAUCACUGCCUGGGGCUACAAGAGCUACAGGCAGCGGAGAUACGAGGAGUCGGAGGUGCACAGAAGAUUCUGUCGGCAAAUGCCGCCGGGAGACUACGUGAAAAAGCCGGGCGACGCGGACUCCUUCUACAGCGACAUGCCCCCCGGCGUCAGCAGCAACUCGGCGAGCAGCUCGAAGAAGAGGUCUGCCUAUCUGUCACACUUACAGAUCUAUACGUGCUCCUUCACGCCAUCCAUCCCCUCCAUUAGUCAGAACAUCUCAUUGUUUGGCUUCAGGUCCAACGGCCUGUCGCACUCCUGGAGCGAGAGGAUCCCGGAUGCCAAACACAUUUCGGACAUCUGCGAAAACGGACGCCCGAGGAGUAACUCUUGGCAAGGUAACCUGGGCGGAAACCGCAAGAAGCUGAAAGGGAAGAAGUUCCGCCCUCGCUCCAAUUCCACAGAGUAUUUAAGCCCCCGGUUCAAAACAGAUUAUUAUGUAACUAAAUGGGUAGAAGACGUGAAUAAAAACACUGAAGGACCGUACCUUAGGACACUGUCCCCGGCCAAGUCGCCCACUUCCUCCACUGGAUCCAUCGCCUCCAGUCGGAGGUACCCCUACCCAAUGCCCCCCCUUCCUGACGAAGAGAGAAAAGCCAAUCGGCAAAGCGCUAGGCUAUGGGAAACAUCAAUAUAAAGCUCUUAUUUACUCAGCAAAACUACUUAAGAACUACAUUUUCGUCCGCUUUUAUAUGAAUGAAAAACAAAAAGGAAACAAAUGAAAAAAAAAGGAAACUAGCGCAACAGAGAGGGUGUGUGUGAGGACCUCCCAAACCGGCCUGCCCUACAGGGGGCGCUGCAGCGUGGGCUGACUCACCCUGGGCAUCGAGGAGCACAACUUCAGCAUCAGACAGCGCAACGCCCGUCCUGCGGAAACCCAGCGUUCCGCUCGCGUCGGGAAACAAGCGCGGCGACGACAUCACCGAGAACGGAAACCCUCCGAGCGAUCGACCGCCGCUUCCUCCUCUCCUCUCGAGCCCGCCCUCCACCCAACCAUCCUUCGAUGCCCCGCCCCUUCCUCCUGGCCCAGCCCACGUCCAGUGUGAACGCUCUCUUUCGAUUGGUGCUCUAUCCGAUGCAAUUCGAACAGGUCACUAUAAGCAGGAUUUAUUUAACAUUUUGAAGCACGCGAUCACUGUAGAAAUAAAGCACUGUAUGCAUGAGAAACCUCUGAUUAUCAAUUCCUUGUAGUGUUUUGAAAAAAAA